GCUGGGUUUCUAUUCGUAAAUUCAUGUGAUACGCAUGAGCGUUAUUUUAUCGACCAAACUGGUGGGGGUACUAUCUAACUGUUACUAUCUUCGUUAGAUGGUAGUAGUGUACAACUUCUCGGACCUUAAAAAAAAUCCUAAUGUCAGUAGAAAAAAUAACAAUAAUGUAGCAGCCACGACUGGCAAAUGUUUUGAAUAUAAAUAAUCACAUCUCAAUAACAAAGUGAUACUUAGCAAUCCCUCCAAUUAGCCAAUCAGUAUUUCGACACUAACAAUCUUUCCUGCUAACUAAUAGCGUAAAUAAACGAAGCAAUAUGAUCAGUGGAUUUCAAUUAGCCUUGAAAAAUACUAUUGACGUGAUAGCACCUCCAGCAACGCCGAUUCAAGAUUUCACAUAUCACUGGAAACAGCUGAUGAACUAUUACGCAAGUCACCAGACAAACAGUAAACUACCGAUCGAGAGUACCUGCAUACCCCACCACCUGGAGCGUCUCCUUGAGAUCCUUCUCGAUGAGGAGAAGAUUGACGACAAUCCAGGUCCAUGUCUCGAGUACUUGCUGCAGCACAAGCUGCUGGAUUGGUUGACGACCCUGGCGACCGUGGAAACGCCACCGGGGAUGCGUCACGCCUGUCUCUACUUCAUGAGACGUUUGCUGGGACGAUCGAGAUUUCCCCUGCUGCACCAGGCUGCCGUUUACGGUCCCGUUCAACGAUUGAUAAGUAUCUGCAGUGGGAAGAUACCAUCGCCAAUCGAAACCGAGGAAAUUCACUUUUUGUUGACAAUUUGCUUUCUCGUUUGUCGUUACCCCCACGUCACGAACAUUGUGAGUGACUCAAAUGCGGUCAGGGUGGACACAGGGGCACACGCCAGUGCCAACGAAACGAAUGACAAGCAUUCCGUUACGUACGUUUCCUCGAAGAAACGAAAUAGCUUGAAUCCCCUGUUCGAACCGCUCAAUACCCUGGCCGUCACCCUGAUAAACCCGAAUCUAUUCACUUGCGAUCAGCAGAGACGAAAGUCAAUAGUCUCCGAACGUCACAAGCUGAUGGACGAAGGUGACAAGGGGAAGGAGGAACGAAAGCUCAAUGCAACAUCGAGCGAAUCAAAUUCUUCGAGAGAUACGGAGAAUGCCUCCGGGUGCUCCAGUCCAGUCUUGGGUAAACUGAGACGGGAUUUGGGGGCUGUUGAGGAUACCCAGCAUUGUCAGGGCUGUGGCAGGCUGGCCAAUAUUUAUGCUGAUAAUAUUCGGGAUUUAGAGGAGCUGCGAAUUUCUACCGAAUACUACAAUAGGGCGAACGAACCUGAUGAAUCCAACCAGAGUCUCACAAUGCCCUCUGUAGAGGAGGACUCCAGCAGUCUGCUCUUCGAUGCCUUAAUUAGUUACAUUAAUACUGCUGAUAACACAGUCAGAAUUCGAGCCUGCGAGGGAAUAAUGGUCCUGACAUCACUGGAGGACCCCUCAUUUGCUAGAACCAUGGCGAAGAGUGAUUUGCCAAGAGUAGUAACCAAUCGCCUGGAGUGCCUCUUCAAUUCAAUUCCCGCACACGUUGAUCCAGCAGAGCUAGACGAUAUCGAUGUCACCUGGGGUCUCGACUCACCCCUCUGGACAAAUGAGAAAAAAUUUCCUGGUUGUCGACAAGUGGCUGCCUAUUUCAUGUGGCUCGACUACUGCGAUCAAUUGAUCAAAGAAGCGCAUUCUGAUGUUGCUCAUGAACUUGCCAGAACAAUAAGACUAUUGUUCUUUGAGAAAGUCGUGACACCUGCAUUGUCAGAGCAUCACGUUGUCUUGAUAACAGCACUUAUUACAGAGACAUUGAAAAAAAUAACGUCACACUUGCUAAGCACAGAGAUGAACUACUGGCUCGUGGGUGAGCAAAGAGACCCAAUGAUUGCCGACGUGUGCCCCUCAUCGGUGGUGGAACGACUGAUCGAGAAUUGCUACACAGACAGCGAUGACUUAACCCUGGAAACGCUCAAGCUUUUGGAGGAAAUAAUGAAUAAACGAAAUGAGCACGUUCUUCACUGCAUGGUAUUGUCAUACCUCUCGUUGCGUGGAUACUAUGACAGCACAGCUGCUGACAGCGCUAUAGCUUCCUGGAGCGAUGAGGAAGAUGAACGUGAACGAGAGAAGAAGGGAGCACUGGAUUUUUCCACUGAGCAGAGUCACAGCAGGACAUUGGCUCCCAGUAAUAUUCACAGAAUGAUAAAUUGUUUCUUAUCACUCAUGCCGAGACAACUCCAGACAGACCCCGGGGAGGACAAUUAUGAACGUUACAUGGCAGACUGGGAGAAGCAAUAUCAACGAGCAAAAGUCGACUGCGCUCUAUUUGCCUGGCCUCUGGAGGCCGUUAGCAUCGAUGACACAGGCAGUUACGAUUCAAGACCCGAGGCAGAUCACUGUUCAUCACGUUUCUAUAUGGGGCCUUUCCUCACCAUGCUCUUGGAUAAAGUUUCAAACAUUCCAAAUCAAAAAUACGAGAUCAAUCUCCAGUUGACGGUUGUCGUGUCAAGGCUGGCACUAUUACCACAUCCGUACCUGCAUGAAUUUCUGUUGAAUCCACUGUUGCCAUUGGCACCUGGCACCAAGAGUCUCUUUACUUGUUUGCAGAAGAUUGUUAAAACUUUGGUAGGAGAGACCACCAAGUUACCCAAAUUCAAGGAGAGUCUCAGGGAGACGAGGAGGAAAUUGUUAGAAGAUUCGCCAGGACUAGUCACAGAGAAUAUUUUAUACGAGAGUGUAGUUAUAACUGAAGAAUUUUGUAAGGAACUCGCCGCAAUAGCUUACGUGAAGUAUCAACAUUCCAUGUGAAUAAGGAAAUAAGUCCAAUGCAACGCGUGUACCUUAAUAAGUGUAAAAUUUGUUAAAAUAGUCUAGAGUCAUGUACAAAUAAUAGAGAUCGUUCAAUUAUGUUCGGAAGAAGUGUUUACAAAGAUGCACAAUUGUACUUUUGCUCGAAUAAAAGAUUCAUUUUUAAUUUUCAGUCGUUUUCGGCAACAGAUUUCCCACUUUUAACUUCAAAAUAAUUCAUUAAAUAUGCAUAUUGUACUAUAUUGUAUUGUCAUACGGGGGAUUAUAUUUAUAAGUAUUAGAUAUUAAUAAAAAAGGAAAAUAAACUUUUUAUGAAUGUA